GCCAGUUUCAAUAGCCCACCUAUGGUCACACUGGGAACAACAAUAAAAAUGGCGUUCAGAGAAGACCGUUUUUCUUCUUCUUCAGCGCUCCACUAGAUGGUUAAACUAUUUAAGGAAACCAUAAAACAAUAACGCGUGUCGCCGCGGCAGCUUAUUUCGCGAAUACCCGACCGAUCCGUGGACGUGCUAGCGAGUGGGUGGCGCAUUUCGAACGUCGGUUUAUUGCAAAAUUCGAGUGAAUGGAGUCCUAAAAUUCUGGCUCAGUUGGUUAUUAUUGCAAAUUUUUUUUAAUACCAACACACAUAGGCACACGCAUACACUGAGAGCAAAAAAAAAAUAAUAAUAAAAAAUAAUACAAGUGCAAGUAAAUAGUUUAUAGUGUGGCACCCAUACAGGAGCAAGGUCUAAAUUAAAGUUAAUUAAACGCCUAGUGGAAUUUCAUUUAAUGCAAUUUAUGAAAUAAUAGCAGUGAGACGGACCGAACCCCUGUUCUCUCCUCCCCCAGCUGUCUCUUCUGCAGCAUGCGUGAGGGCGUAUGUGUGUGUGAGACAUGUGCGUGUGAGGUGUUUUUGGAACGGCAACAACAACAACAGCAACUAUAGGCAAAUACAAAUUUCGGCUUGUAAUAACCAGAAAAUAAGUGCUAUUAUUAAUAGAUCUGUGCGUGUGCAAUGACAUACGACAGCAGCAGCAACAACAACAACAAUUGCAACAACCGUCAAGGCUACCGCAACAGCAAAAGUAACAAAGGUAGCGCCGCCGCCGCCGCCGACCAACACAACUGCAGCAGCAACAGCAGCGGUUACGGGUACUGGUACCUUCGGCAAUGAAACUACAAUUUCUAGCCACCUUCGCCACCUGCUCCUCCACCACCACCACCUGGGCCACCUCCUUCUCAGCUCUCAGUUCUUCACACUCCGCCAGACCAGCAACCGAGAAACCAUGCCCGUCUCGUGCAAUUGUCGCUUAAAUAAAUAAUCAAUAUACAAAAUAAAUCAAUUUAUUUUUAUAUAAGCCAAACAAUAUCAAUUAAAAGUCGGAAAUUAUGAAUAAAUUGGAUUACCCGCGUCGCAAUGGUACACACAAAGUUCGAAUAACAAUAUUGUGUGCUAGGAAUUUGGCUCGCAAGGAUUUGUUUCGCAUGCCCGAUCCCUUCGCCAAGGUUCAAGUGGAUGGCACUGGUCAGGUCUACACGACGGAUAUAAGCAAGUCCUCCCUGGACCCGAAAUGGAACGCACACUACGACUUGUUUCUGGGCAUCGGCGAUGCCAUCACCAUAACCGUGUGGAAUCAGCGCAAGAUACACAAGAGCAGUGGCUUCCUGGGGUGUGUCCGGAUCCCAGCUUUCAAUAUCCAGAGCCUCAAAGGAGCAGGAUUUCAACGACUGGAUCUGGGUAAACUGUCGCCGGAGGACGAUGACUUGGUGCGAGGUCAGAUCAUAAUAUCGCUGCUGUCGAAGGACGGGCCUAGUAGUGGCAAUCCGUUGGCCAUUGUCGGUCCAAGCGGAGAUGUCCGUGGUCCCUCGGAGGACGACUCGUCGGAGGACAGCCUGCCCGAGGGCUGGGAGGAGCGUCGUACCGACAACGGGCGCAUCUACUAUGUUAACCAUGCCACCAAGUCGACGCAGUGGGACAGGCCCAGGCAUCCCGGAGUAGGGGCUGGUGGCACCGGAGGUGGAACCCAUCGCCAUCACACCCACAAUGGCAACAACGGUGAUCGGCAGGCGCCGGCGGGACCCACACGUUCCACGACCUGCACCAAUCUUCUGAAUGGAGGAAAUCGUAACAGAGAUCCUUCGGUAAAUGCCUCCGACGAGCGCCGUCACUCCACGGAGAUCCUGUCCAGCGUGGGAAAGGAGAACACCAGCCCCACAACACCCGUUUCGGCGGCAACGCCUGGCAAGAAGUCCUCCUCGAACUCCUCCUCCUCGGGCGGACGAACUGGAGCUCUGGAGCAGCGGGCCACAAAUGAACCAGCCACUCCCACGAGCAGCAACACCCGGCUGCACAGCAACGACAAUCACGUGAAGACGCCAAAGCAUCAAACCAAUGGCCAUGCUCCGCCAGAGGCCACGCCCACUUCGCCCACAGGGCAACAGAACUACGUUAAUGGCAAUGCCCAGAACGGGAGCAGUAUUGGAAACGGGAGUGGUCAGGCGGCCCAGCCCCAGAGCGCCAGCAAUGGAUGGACGCCCGAGGAGGCUGUGACCAGUGGAACCACAACAACGACUACCACUCCUCCACGACACAGCCAGAGUCCUCCCAACCCCAACACAUCGCCGCCGGCAGCAGCAACGCCUUCGGCCAAUGGUAAUGUCCAUAGUCCGAAUGCGAACAGCACCCCGGGAGGUGGAGGCAGUAGAUCCUAUACUGCGGCCACACCCGGUCAACGUUCCCAGCGGCGCAGCUCGCGGCAACAGGGGGAGGAGUCAUCCACGAGGCGUCGUUCCUCGCGGGGAACGCGCAACGGAAGCACCACUUCGGGUGGAGGCGGCGGCAGCUCCAGCCAGCGUUACGCUUCGGCAGCUAUCGCAGCCGCCAACCAGGCUGCUCGUCCGUUCUUGGACCUUCCGCCAGGCUACGAGAUGCGGACCACGCAGCAGGGCCAGGUGUACUUCUACCACAUACCUACGGGCGUAUCGACAUGGCACGAUCCUCGGAUUCCGCGCGAUUUUGAUACCCAACAUCUGACGCUGGACGCCAUCGGACCACUGCCGAGUGGCUGGGAGCAACGGAAGACGGCGUCUGGCAGGAUAUACUUUGUGGAUCACAACAACCGGACGACGCAGUUCACUGAUCCCCGGCUGAGUGGCAGUAUACUGCAGAUGAUUCGUCGCGGAGCAGUGCCGCCAGCUGCUACGGCUGCCAGUACGCCAGCACCGGCGACACCAGCUGCUGCCACAGCCACAACUGCUGCUCCCGCCACACCCACUGCAACCACGAACAACGCCACGACCACCACAAACACCCCACAUCGUAUUGUACCGGAUCUGCCGCAGGGCCUGCUCGAGGGAGCCGACCUGCUGCCCAAGUAUCGAAGGGAUCUGGUUGGCAAGCUGCGAGCCCUGCGCACCGAGCUGCAGACCAUGCAGCCGCAGUCCGGUCACUGCCGCUUGGAGGUGUCGCGCAACGAGAUUUUUGAGGAGAGCUAUAGACUGAUUAUGAAGAUGCGGGCCAAGGACAUGCGGAAGCGCCUGAUGGUCAAGUUCAAGGGCGAGGAGGGCCUCGACUACGGCGGCGUGGCGCGCGAGUGGCUGCACCUGCUCUCCCGCGAGAUGCUGAAUCCGCAGUACGGCCUAUUCCAAUACAGUCGGGAUGAUCACUAUACGCUGCAGAUAAAUCCAGAUUCCGGGGUGAAUCCAGACCACCUGUCCUACUUUCAUUUUGUGGGACGCACCUUGGGCAUAGCCGUAUUCCACGGGCACUGCCUGGACGGUGGGUUCACCACGCCCUUCUACAAGCAGCUGCUGAACAAGCCAAUAACGCUGGGUGAUAUUGAGGGCGUGGAUCCCGAGCUGCACCGCAGUCUAACCUGGAUGCUGGAGAGCAAUAUUAGUGGCAUCAUCGAGUCCACUUUCAGCGUGGAGAACAAUAGCUUUGGCGCUCUCGUGGUGCACGAACUGAAGCCAGGAGGCGCAUCCAUUACCGUGACAGAGGAGAACAAGAGGGAGUAUGUGAAGCUCUAUGUGAACUAUCGCUUUAUGCGCGGCAUCGAACAGCAAUUUUUGGCUCUACAGAAAGGUUUUUGCGAGCUCAUACCAAGCCAUCUUCUACGACCAUUUGAUGAGCGUGAACUGGAAUUGGUCAUCGGUGGCAUCUCCAGCAUUGAUGUCAACGACUGGCGCAACAAUACGAGACUGAAGCACUGUACGAACGAAACGACGCAAGUGUUGUGGUUCUGGCAGGUGGUUGAGUCUUAUAGCUCUGAGAUGCGUGCCCGAUUGCUGCAGUUUGUGACGGGAUCGUCGCGGGUGCCACUGCAAGGAUUCCGGGCACUGCAAGGCUCGACGGGAGCGGUGGGACCGCGUCUGUUCACUAUCCACCUGACUGCCGACGUGCCCACACAGAAUCUGCCCAAGGCGCACACCUGCUUUAACCGGAUCGACUUGCCGCCCUACGAGACCUACCAGCUGCUCUGCGACAAGCUGACGCAGGCCGUUGAGGAGACCUGCGGCUUUGCCGUGGAGUAGUAGGAGACGACCUGGAGAUCCCCAACACCUACCACCUACUACCACACAAGCCCCUGUCCACGCAUAUGCAUAUACAUAGAAACCUAUUUGAAUAUAUCUAAUACACGUAAAACAUAACAAAAACCACAUAUAUCAUGGCGAUUUGAAAUCAAAAUUUUACAACAUGAUUAGUUCUUAUUUUUUAUUUGUUUGUUGAUAAACUGUUUUCCGCGGCACUGGUUAAGCUAUGUGUGCUGCUCGUUUAGCAGUUGAAAAUUAAUUAUUUAACGAGUGUAUACCGACUCAUCUUAUACAUAGUUACCAAGUGCAUAUAUACAAGAAUAUAUAUACACUUUCACACCCCAAAAACACACACACAGACAUAUAUAUAUAUAUUAUAUAUUAUAUACAUUUAUAUUUAUAAUUCUAUCUUGAAGUCUACCCCCUGGCCUUUGUUUGUUUGACGUCUUGGCGCGUGUUAUAAAUUGUAGAUUUAAAUAUUACGAAACCAAUUAUACAUAAAAUUAUACAAGAUUAUACAUAUAUCAUAGUUGAUAAUUAGGCGUAACGAAUUUUUUAUAAUUGAAGGCAUUGGACCGGCAAUUUAUUGUGCUUCUGUUUAGUUUAAUAUAUGCAUAUAUAUCUAUUUUUUAUGUUUAUUAAUCACAUUUUGUACAUUUAUAAACGAGAAUCGAUUGAGCUCACUGCUAAGUUUUUAAUUAUUGUUUAAAUUGUCCUUAAACACACACACACGCACACUGAACCCAUUAGAUACAAGAUACAUCCACCCACUCAUCGCAACACCCUCAUUUUCAUUAUUGUUUAAACAUAUAUUGUGUGAAAAAUUGAUUUAGCAACUCCCCAAAAAAAAAAAGAGAUGAUGAAAAUUACUCAUUAGUUAUUUUUUAAUUUCUAAAUAAAUGCAAAUUAUUUAAAUUACCCUUUUGGUUGCUCCUAGUUUUCUGUGCUUUGCUGUGUCAUGCCAAAAUCAAAGCUCUUAAGGAUCAAAUUACAUAUACACGUACAUACAUCUUCAAUAUACAUACAUACAUAUAUACAUAAAUAUUUACAUCAGUUUUAAAUGAAGAACGAAUUGGACAAAUUUCUAGAAGGUGAUAUUAGUGAAAAUUUUAUCUGACUUUAAUUAAAAACCGAAACAAUUGGUAGUUAUUUAAGUGACCCACCCCCAACCCGACCCAACUCGACCUUCCCGCCAUGCCCACCCCCCCUAAAAAAAAUGUAGUGCAUAUGUGAGAUCUAUUGAUUUUUUAUUGAGACUUAACGCUCCCAAAAAACAAAAAAAAAAAACAGAAAAUACAACACAAAUCGAUCGUUAACUCUUUAGCUUUAGCGAGAUAUUAGGAUGUGAGACACUAAGAAUUCUGAGGCAGUAAUUCUGCGCACAUUGACAAGGACUCAGCUGCAUUAACCAAAAGGGAUUAAUAAUAAAUAAACGAGCCUUAUAAAAAAA